AUGUCUGACGAAAGAACUUUUAUUGCUAUCAAGCCAGAUGGUGUCCAAAGAGGUUUAAUCUCUGCUAUCUUAGGUAGAUUCGAAAACAGAGGUUACAAGUUAGUUGGUAUCAAGUUGGUUCAACCAACCGAAUCUCUCUUGAGAACCCACUACUCUGACUUGCAAGAAAAGCCAUUCUUCCCAAGUUUAUUAUCCUACAUGUUAUCCGGUCCAGUCUUAGCCACUGUCUGGGAAGGUAAGGAUGUUGUCAAGCAAGGUCGUGCUAUCUUGGGUGCCACCAACCCAUUAGCUUCUGCUCCAGGUACCAUCAGAGGUGACUUUGCUAUUGACAUGGGUAGAAACGUCUGUCACGGUUCUGACUCUGUUGAAUCUGCUCAAAAGGAAAUUGCCUUAUG